AUGGCCAAGAAUCAAGGGACAGAGAUUGAGUCGCUCAAGAAGGAGCUCAAUAAUAAGGAGAAAGAUGCUGACAAGGAAAAGAGCAUCAUGAGAGGUCUUGUCAAAAGAAUCAAAGGAUUAGAAAAGGAGAGAGACACGCUAUCAAAGCAGCUUGAAGAUGCAAAGUCGACAUCCGGUGAUCAACAACAACAAAGAGCGGUUGCCACACUCAAAAACCAAGUAGAGGAGCUUUUGCUAGAGAAAGAAGAGUCCAAGAAGAGUUUACUCUUGUUUAUGAAUACGGCGGAAGAAGCAGAGCAAAAUCUCAAGCAACAAAUUGAAGCGUCUGAAAAGCAAAGAGCAGAAUUCGAGAGCAUGAAUCAGAUGCAACUAGAAUUGCAGGAGAAAUUUGACAAGGUGAUUGCUGAAAAGGCGGAAUUGGAGAGCAAGCUUAAUGCAACAACCAAACAACAGAUAUCCAACAGUGAAUUGGAAGCUUUACAGAAAAAGUUGGAUGCAGAGAUGGCAGAAAAGCAAGCACUUCAAACUCAACUCAAAGAAUUAUCAGCCAAAUUGGAGUCGCUUACAACUGAAUUAGAGACAUCAAAUAACCAAGCACUGGCUGCAGCCAAAGAACAGCAAGAUGCCUUGCAGGAAAAAUUGAAUGCUACCAUUUCUGAAAAAGAUAAAUUGCAAGUAGCAUGCAAAUCACAAGAAGAAAAGCGAGAGGAGAUGAUACUAGCACAUGAAGCCAAGUUGAAGCAAGCGGAAACAGAAUCAGAUCAGGUUCAAAAGCUGUAUGACGAGGUCAAGGAGAAAUUGGAGGCAAAUUUGACUGAAAAGACUGACAUGCAGACCAAGCUGGAGGAAGCUGAGAAGAAGUUGGAUGAAUUAACCAAGCAAAACGCCAACAAUGCCAAUAAGAACAACAAUGGUAUGAACAACAAGCUCAAGGAGAAGAUUCGCCAGAAUGUGGAAUUGGAAAGAAAGUUACGAGAGCUGGAGACAUUACAUGAAGCUGAAUUGAAGCAGCUAAACAGCGAUAAGGAAGAACUGUCAAAGGAAAAGUUAGAUCUGAUAUCUCGCUUGGAAUCAGCCGCUGAUGAUACCAAAUUGAAAAAAUUGGAAAAGGAAUUAAAAGAUGCUCGCCAACAUGAAAAGAACACCAUCGAUGAAUUCAAGUCAUCAUUGGACAAGCUUACAGGCGAGAAAUCCGAUUUGAAGAAGCAAUUGGACCAAGUCGAAGCAUCUAUGGAGCAAGAGAAACAACAAGCCGCUAAACAACUCGAGGAAAUUAAGACGAAAUUACAGAAAGAAAAAGAAGACGCCCUCAGUCAGCUCAAGACAAGUGGUGAUGACAAAAAGAAUAACGAGAUCAAAAAGCUUCAGGAGGCCAAAUCAGCACUGGAGGAGGAAAAGUCGGAUGUGGUGGCUAAAUUGAAAAAUGCUCAAAAAGAGGCCGAGUCAUUAAGCAGUGAAUUGGAUGCAUCAAAAACCCUAGUAGCAUCAGCAAAUGAAGAGUUAUCAAAGAUCAAGAUUGAAUUUGAAUCUAGCAAGGCAAAGACUGAUGAGCUGGCUAGUAUGGCUGAAACCAUUAGUCAGCUUCAAGGUGAUUUGGAUGCUUCACAAAAGACCCUCAAGGAAUCUGAAUCCAUGGUUACUCAAACCAAGGCAUCUCAGGAGAUGUUGGCGAAGGAAAAGGCAGAUUUGACUGCACAAGUAUCCAGGUUACAGCAGGAGCUUCAAGCAGCGUCCGACACCAAGUCUUCUCUAGAAAAGGACAAGGAGAACCUCUCAAAACAACUCUCUGAAGCUGAAGCCAACCUUCAAGAUGCUUUUGACAAGAUGAAGGAUAGCGACGCCAUGACAAAGCAACUGGAUGAAGCUGAAUCCAAGCUGAAGGCGAUCACCAAAAAACUGAAUGACACAGAUGAAGCACUCAAGGUUGCCAAACAAAUGCUCAAUGAACGUGAUCAAGAGCUUGCUGCAGCUCGCACGUCCCUUGAAAACUUGGAAGAGGUGGAAGAAAAAUCUAAAAAGUAUGUUGCCGUCCUGAGCAAAACCAAAAAGCAAAUUGUAAAGUUGGAAAAGGAGAAGGCAGACGCUAUAGCUGAGACAGAGUCUACCAAAGAGCAAUUGACCCGCAUGCAGCAAGAAGUAGAGUCCAUUAAAUCUCAAUUGAGUAGAGCGCAACAAGAAGCAGAUACAACAGCUAAAUCUGAAAGCAACCUCAAGACUGAAUUAUCACGACUCAAUGCCAAGCUGCAAUCCAAUGAAUCAGACAUCAACAUUCUGCAAAAGGAGCGCAAGGAAGCCAUUGAAGAGAAGGAUAGAAUGUUUGAUGAAUUUCAAAUCAAGCAAGCUGAAUUUGAGAGCUCCCAAAGCAAUGCUGAAAACUUGCAACAUCGUUUGAGAGAAACUGAGCGUCUGGUGGAAGAAGCGAAUGAAAAGGCUGCUGCUUUAGAGGAAUCGCAACUCGUCAUGGAAGAAACCAAGCGUGCUUCUGGUGUUCAGCAGAAGCAAUGGGAUGAGCAAAAGAAGAGAUUGGAAGAAGACCUAAAGCAACGAUCUGAUGAAGUUGCAGAACUCAAAUCGCUGGUUAAAACAACUGAAGAGUCGAUGGAAGGUCAAAGCAAGCAAGUCCAAUCGCUAGAGAAGAAGCUUGAAAAGCUUCAAGCGGAAAGCGAUCAAACGAAGAAAGAAAUGGAUCAAUUGGAGAGCGAAAAGAAGGAUUUGCUAAAGAAGUUGGAUGAAGUGCAACAAAAAUUGAGCAGACAAGUUGAAGAAUUGAAGGAAAAGAGUCAACUAGAGGCUCAAUUACAAGCAGCUAAUGAAAGUAUUCAAUCCAUUCAGCAAGGUCAAAACAAAGAACUUGAAGAUCUAAGAGCGAAAGAAGGAUACCUCAAGACGCUGAACAAGACAUUGAAGGAAGAGGUCAGAAAGCUAUCCAGAGCUCAAAAUCAACAGCAACAGCCAUCAUCAUCGCCAUCUCAAAAAUCACCACAAUCCAACCACACACAACUAGACGCUCGUCCUAAAUCACCUAUCCAUACUGAACCGCCUCGUCUUAUCCAUUCCCCUUCAGACAAUCCUCGUUCAUCAAGGGCAUCCAUGUCAUCUGUCAGUGGUAAUUCAGUCAAGGAAGAGGAAGAAAUUAAUCUAGAAUACCUUCGUAAUGUUAUUAUCAAAUUUCUGGAAUCAAAAUCAACAAGAGCACAACUCAUCCCUGUGCUGUCCAUGAUGUUGAAAUUCACACCUGAAGAAAUCAAAAGACUAAAUCAUGUAGCUUAA